AUGGCGCCUCGGGCCUCAUUCAUGAGCCUCCCACCCGAGCUACGCAACCAUGUCUACGAUCUCGCCGGCCUCUUUCAGCAAGCACGGAUCCAGGUAUCGAAAGUCAAGGAGCCCACCAUCGCACUUGCCAACCGCCAAAUCCGCUCUGAAGUGCUAGGAAUUUUCUAUGGCCAGAACGUGUUCGCUGGUCAGAAUCGAGCCGAGAUCAAGGGCUUCCUCUCGCGCCAACCACCAUCAACUUUGGCCUCGCUUCGCGCGGUCCAGUUGAACUGUGGUGGUCCUAUGCUUCUCUGCCGUGUCCGCACCUUUCUCACACGCGACAUGAAGCCCUUUCUGGACAUCGGUCUUGGCGCCGAGGUGGUGACAGCGCAGAUUCGGGUGAAGGGCGAAGGUGUGGUGUUCGUGACGGCCUCGGGGACCGCCGACUUCAAGCAGCACGGUCGGGGGAUUUCCAAGGAUGAGAUUACUCGAGUGAAGCGAGGUGGAGCGUGUGGAAAGAGAUGA